UUCCUAAGAUUUUACUAUGACAGACAAUAUUCAAAACGCUAUCACCAUUUCUUUGCAAUGCACUCCCGGAUCGGAUGUAGCAAGUAAACUAUUAUUUAAUCACGACGAAAUUAAGCACACUAUAGUCAGUUCUUUGACAGGUAUAUUACGUAACUAAUAAACAUUUUAUAUAUAAAAUAUUGAACUAAAACUACUCAAAAUAGAUGGUAACAUUAAUGGAAAAAUGUAUACCAUUGCCAACAAUGAACAUCCAGAUGGUAAAAGAUCUGAUGUUAUAUAUAUCCCUAAAGAGAAACCGACGGAAUCAACCAGACCAAUUACGGUUGAAAUCCAGCAAACUCUUGACUGGGCGUUUUUUAGAAGACUAAACAGAUAUUGUCUCAAUAUCUGUGAUAAAUAUAAGGUUAUGCCAUUUGUUAUGGUAUUUGCCAUAAAAGGCUUUUCAAGUAAGUCUUUUAUGAAUGAAUUUGUCUUGAAUGAAGAAGGAUAUUACACAAUAUCAACAAAUCUUUGGGCAAAAUCAUUGAGAAUUUACACUCUUGAUUCGAUUGCGGAAAAUGUCAGUAUAGAAAAGCUAAAUCCAAUUAUUGCUCUUGCGUAUUUCCUUUGUGCGCAAGAAAAGUCUAUAAUUGGAUUAGAGUUAUGUGACAGCGUCCAUCUGCAAAAGCUAUACUUGUUAGCAUACAAAAUAUUUGAAGAAGCACAGAUGGAACAAAAAUCGACUACUGACAUAGUAAUUGGUUCAUUGAAAAAUGCUGAAAAGCAGUUUGAAAAAAUCCUGAAAUGUGCUGAAUCAGGAGAUUCAAAUCAGAUAAACAAAAUAAGAAAGUAUGCUGCAAAUGGGGCACAAUACGUUGGAAAAAAAGAAAACUCCUAGAAGAGGAAGAGGGGGAGUGUGUAACCCCAAUAGAAGAAGAUGAAAACGGAGAUAUAUUGUUUGUUAAACAAUAUAUUGAACGUUUGGAUGGAAAGAGAAUGGACUGGAGAGCUUGCUACUCGGAAGGAGUAGAAAAUGGAUAUUUUACUUUGUAUAAUAGUUAUUUAUCAUUAAAGGGUGCCUAUCAUAAGAAUAGGUUAUCAUAAAUAA